AUGGACAAAGACAAGAGUUGGAUACAUUUACCAAAGGAGAGCAUUGAGUACCAACAAGGAGUCCUUGAUUUUCUACAGUUUGUACAUGAACAUGGUGAUGGAAAGAAACAACAUAGGUGUCCGUGCUUAAAAUGUCUCAAUACCAAGUGGAAGACUAUAAAAAAAAUGUAUGACCACCUAAGUAACAAUGGUAUAAUGCGUAGUUAUACAACAUGGAGUAAGCACGGCGAAGUAGCUGAUCAUGAACCUACUUAUGACAGAACAUCUGGUGGUAGUUUCGAGCCUGAUCAUUUGAACCCAGCUAUAAACAUUCUACAUGACAGUUUUCCUACAUUUGCUCCAACGCAUGAGGAAGAUGCAAUUUAUGAUACAACUACUGACACAGUUCAUGUGCUUCCGUACACCAACACUCAUGAUUAUGAUAAGUAUACUAGACUGCUUGCACGAGUUCAGAUUCCACUAUAUGAUGGUAGUCCUCAGACUGUUUUGGGGACCAUUUUGUCACAAAUGCAGCUUAAAGUGAAGAACAGGUGGUCAAAUGAGGCUUUUGACAAUAUGUUGAAGAAUGUUAAGAAUAUGCUUCCUCAACCAAACAAUCUCCCUGAUAGUUAUUACAAGGUGCACAAGAUUUUGGGUGACCUUGGCCUGGGCUAUGAUAAAAUCCAUGCGUGCAAGAAUGAUUGUGUUCUGUUUUACAAAACGAGAGCAGAGCUUGAUGAAUGUCCAAUAUGCUUCGAGUCGAGGUGGAAGGAAGGUACAGUUAAGGAAAACAGUGUUCCAGUAAAGGUGCUUCGUCAUUUCCCUUUGAUUCCGAGGCUAAAGCGUUUGUAUAUGUCUAGACACACUUCAAGUGAAAUGAGAUGGCAUGGGGAAAGAAGGGUAGAUGAUGAUACUUUGAGACACCCUGCAGAUGGCGAGGCUUGGAAAACCUUUGAUAGAUCAUUCCCUGAUUUUGCAGCAGAUGUUCGAAAUGUAAGACUCGGGCUUGCAACAGACGGAUUCAAUCCCUUUGGAAGUAUGAGUUUGGCUCAUAGUACAUGGCCUGUUAUUCUUGUGUCGUACAACCUGCCUCCUUGGAUGUGUAUGAAGAAGGAAUUUAGUAUGAUGUCUUUGUUAAUUCCUGGUCCUAAGUCUCCUGGAAAGUGUUUAGAUGUGUAUAUGGAACCAUUGAUCGAUGAGUUGUUAAAAUUAUGGGAAAAUGGAGUCCUUACUUUUGACAGGCACAGUGGAAGUUCAUUCAUUAUGAGAGCAGCAGUUAUGUGGACUAUAAGUGAUUUUCCUGGUUAUGGGAUGUUGUCGUCUCAAGCUGUGCAUGGGUACAAAGCAUGUCCGGUCUGCUUGAAUGAAGUUCAUUCUGAUUGGCAUGCUGGGAAGGUGUGUUACUUGGGUCACCGAAGAUGGCUUCCAAUUGACCACUCGUGGCGGCAGGAUGCAGAAGGAUUUGAUGGCACAGUCGAGUUUCGUACUAAACCCCGAGUGUGGUCUGGUGAUGAAAUUUUGGAGAUGCUGAACUCAUUUGAUUUUGGAGUGUUGAGUGGUGAUCCUGCUAUAACGGGAACAACUCGCCCAGAUGAUAUGAUGUGUUUUACACACAAAAGUAGAUUCUAUGAUUUACCUUAUUGGUCGAAAUCAGUAUUGAGACACGCCCUAGAUGUCAUGCACAUAGAGGGGAAUGUAGCUAAUAUCAUUAUGGGAACAACUCUUAGUCUUAAAUACGGUAAUAAGGAUACUGUGAAAGCGCGCGAGGAUCUAAAGAAGCUACGAAUACGAGAACAUUUGUGGCCAAUAAAGAAGGGGUCAGUGACGAAAUUACCUCUUGCUCCUUACACUGUGCAUCCAACUUUGAAGAGACAUGUAUUCAUCUGGUUUAAAGGAGUAAAGUAUCCUCAUGGGUAUGCAGGUAAUAUAUCUCGGUGCAUUAGAGAGCGAGAAAAUAAGUUUUGCGGAUUGAAGACUCAUGACUGUCAUGUUUUGUUGCAACGACUUCUUCCAGUUAUAAUUCGACCCUAUUUGCAUCCAGAUGUGGUGGAACCUAUAAUAGCACUCUGUCGGUUCUUUCAAAAGCUAUGCGCUAAAGAGCUCAAGAAGUCAGAAGUUCUUAUAUUGAAAGAAGACAUUGUGUACAUCUUGUGCAAAUUGGAGCGGGUUUUUCCGCCCGCUUUCUUUGUCAUUAUGAUCCACCUGAUGGUCCAUCUUCCUGAACAAAUCUUGCUUUCUGGUCCAGUACACUGCACCUGGAUGUACCCCCAAGAAAGACAACUGGGGCAGUACAAAAGAUUAUGUAAAAGCAAGAGUAACCCAGAAGGAUCAAUAGCGGAGUCAUACAUUGCAGAUGAAUGUGUGAUCUAUUGCAACUUAUAUCUCCAAAAUAAUGAUGGGGCGGAAUCUUCAACCAUGGCUAGUACCAGACAACACUUCAAUCUUUCAGUUGUUUCAGGAGAGGUACGACACUUUGGUACUUUACCAAAUUUUGAGAGAUUAAGUGAUCCUGAGCUAGCUGAAGCUCAUUGGUGUGUACUACAACACUGCAAAGAAGCUCAGUAUUUCCUUGAUGAGCAUUUGAAGCUCAUUAAAGCCAAUCCAAGAGAUCGGAGGCCUAACGUGACACAUAAAAGAAAGUUUCCUGAUUACUUUCUAACAUGGAUGAGAAGCCUAAGACAACAGAAUAGUGAAUGGUGCACACCCGAAUUGUACCAUUUGGCAUGCAAGCCAAAACACCACAGUGUACAUGCGGGAUGUUUUGUCAACGACGUGAAGUUUGUAACACUUCAACGAGAUAUAAACCACAAAACCCAAAACUAUGGGGUCAUGGUACAUGGGGACAACUUUCCCUACUACGGAGUGCUACUUGCCGUUGUCGAGUUAAUGUAUGGAAAUAUGAGCGUUGUACUGUUCAAGUGUAAAUGGUUCAAUACUAAUCCGAAUGUGCCAAGGAGUACGAAGAUGGAUUAUGGUAUGUUAUCAGUGAAUACAGAGACAAGCUGGUACGACACUGAGCCGUUUAUUCUCGCCACCAUGGCAAAACAAGUGUUCUAUCUUGAUGAUCCUAAAGCUGGCCCUCCUUGGAAAGUAGUUAACUUUAUGUCACAUAGGAAUAUAUGGAGUGAGACCACACUUUCUGGCGGUGAAGAACUUGAUGAUGAAGAGGACAACGAUGAAGUUCAUGAACCAUAUCAAGAGCCUUCCCCAUCUCAAAUAUGUGGUUUAGAUGAUAUUCGCAUCAACAACCACUUACACUUCGUGCAAGGAGAUCAAUUCAUCACAAUCCCAAACGAAUCUACAUCUCAAAAUAGGCAGGGAGACCAUGGUGCCAUUGAUGAAGGAAAUUAUGCUUCAGAAGACGACAUCUUUAAUGAAUCGGAGAGUCUAUCAUUGGGUUGUUGUUCUUUCUUCCAUAUAUUCUUUGUUGUUCAAGAGGCUUUAAGUAGGGCUACACGUUUGGAAGAGGAAGGCCGAGAGACCAAAGAGCGACUCACACGAGCCGAGCAAGAGGCCCGAGAAGCCAAGGAAGACGCCCAAAAGGCUAAGGAGAAGAAUCUAGAGGCCAUGGAGCGUAUCAAGCGUUUGGAGGAGAUGUGGACUGCAAGCAAUCCAUCUCAACCAAUUACAAACUCCCUCAGUGGUGGUGGUAGCUAA